AUGGUCCUGGCGGUGGUACAGUACUGUGAUGGGACAUACUUGACGCCUCUGACUCGCACCCCCCAGUCCUCUUCUUCUUCCCUAGACUGCUCCCCUCUAGCAGAAAGAGGAAGAGCAGCAACAGCAGGAGGAGGAGGAGCAGCAGCAGCAGCAACAGGAGGAAGAGGAGGGUCGUGGUCGGGGUCAUCCCGUCCCCGGAGGCAGGCCCGCUCCCGCACCGCCCGAGCCGAGCUGACCUUCUCCGUGAGCCAGGUGGAGCGCCGUCUGCGGGAGGGCCGCUAUGCCCAGCGCCUGAGUUGGUCUGCGUCCGUGUUCCUUGCCGCCACCCUCGAGUGCCUGACGGCCAAGGUGCUGGAGCUGGCGGGCAACGAGGCCCGCCACAGCGCCAGGAGGCGCAUCACCCCAGAGCUCCUGGACAUGGCCGUCCACAACAAUGCACUGCUCAGCGGUCUCUUCGGGACUACGACCAUCUCCCAGGUCGCCCAGCCCCGGCGCUAGCUGCUGCUGCUGGCUGGGGGGGGGGGGCCCUCGCCCAAGCACCGGCCCACCUGUCCACCAGGCCCCAGGCCCCCUCGCUCUCGGGCCAGCCUCGCCCGGCCGGGCUUGUGCCUUUGGCCAGCCCUUUCAUUAAAGCGUUUCAAGAAACCCUC